UAAUAAAAUUCAAUUUUCAUUUUUUUUUUUAAAUUGAAAUUAACGUAAUCUCGACAAUGUCUAAAUUUCAAGAAGAAUUAACUUUCGAUUGCAUUCCCGAUACCAUUGAUGAAUUCGAUUUAAAUGAAAAUGGACAUUCUGUAUUGGAUGAAAUCAAUAGAUGUCGACAUUUGUACAAGAAACGUCAGGUUUUGAAAAGACAAAAGGCCAUUGAUAUCAAACCACUCUACUAUGAGCAGAUGCGCAGAAGAGACCUUGUAGCCAAAUAUCCGGUUUAUAAAUUUUGGUAUACUUCUCCAAAGCCACCAAAGAAACCAGAUCCAUGUAGUCAUGUGGGUAGAAUAAUACUCGACAGAGAUAUCCUUACCAAAAAUGAACACAUAAGUUUCCUGGCUCAACCAAAAGCCGAUUUGGGUCGCAAAGUAAAGCCUCCACAAUGGACUUGCCAAAAGAGAUAUCUUCCCAAUUGUACAACUCGGGUGGAAUCUUUGGCACAUCCGAAAACUAUUCGUGUGCAACACAAUUGCCAUGAUUUUCAAAAUAUAUUAUCCGUUCGACAAGCUACAAAUUUGAGGAAAACUCUGCAGAAGCCGCCUCUGGAGUAUACGGCCAUUGAGAAUGCAAUAACGUAUAUUCAUGAAGAACGUCGACUAAAGAAUAUCGUAAAGAGUGAAACCAUUCGAAAAUGUAAUCAGAUAAAGCAGAAACUUUUGAAAAUUGAAAGAAAACAAAUGUUGAAAAUCAUUUAUGCCUUGUAUGAAGUUAUGAAGGAAUUCCUUGUUGGUGAUCAAUUGGAAAUGAGCUCGGAUGAGGUGAAUAGUUUGAGUAAAGUACUUGAGAGGAAAAUUACUGAAUUUUGUGAUUGUGAUGAUAGUAGCUCAACAAGUCAUGUUCGACAGUUGCUUAAAACAGUUUCUAUAAACUUGGCAAUUUGGAUUGAAAAAUUCACAUCAAAUUGUGGAUUUAAAAAUGCUCAUGUUGAUAAAGAAUCUGAGGAAGACGAAAGAGUUAAAUGCAAGGAGAUGGAAAAUCCAGAGUUUUUACUUCCAGUUGAAGAUUACAUUUCGUAUCACAGCAUGUCGACAUCGGAAGACUUUGUGGAUGCAGAAGAAUUUGGUGGUGAAAAUGAAUAUGAGGAUGAAGGAAAUUAUUGAAGUUCUAUUUUGUUGUAUUUUGUAUAUGAUUUGUAUAAAUUCUGGUAUCAUAUCAAUUUAGAAAUUAAAAAAUUGUAGAUAAGUA